AUGACGGCUACAGUUCAAGAUGAGCGCAACCCUCUUGAGUUUUUCGAGUUAUUUUUUGACGACGAGGUCAUCGCCCUGAUCGUGCAAGAAACGAACAGGUACGCCUCACAGUUUCUUGCAAAAUAUCGUACAACUAAUGGCUCUCACGCUGCAGCGUGGAAGCUGUUGACUGCGCAGGAGCUCAAGGUGUUCCUCGCAUUGAUACUGCUGCAAGGCAUUAUAGACAAGCCUGAACUCGCCAUGUACUGGUCGACCAGGAGGAUUUUCCAAACCCCCAUCUUUGGUGAACUCAUGAGCAAGAACAGAUUUCACCUGAUAAUGAAGUUUCUUCAUUUUUCCGACAACGAAGAUGAGAUUGAUGAAUCACAGCACCCCCAACCGAAGCUUUGCAAGCUGUGGCCGCUGCUGUGUCUCCUCAAGGAACGGUUUCUGACCCUCUACGUUCCUGAGAGCACUGUAGCAGUGGAUGAAAGCUUGAUGCUGUACAAAGGAAGGCUGUCCUGGAAGCAGUACCUGCCCCUGAAGCGCUCACGCUUUGGUGUGAAGUUCUUUCUCCUUUGCGAGUCUGGGUACAUCUCUAACCUCAUCGUUUACACCGGCAAGGGGACUGUUACGCCGGACGCGGACAGUGCCAUGGGCACGAAGGUCGUCCUGAGCCUGAUGGAACCUUUUCUUUGCAAAGGGUACUGCGUCACUGUCGAGAAUUACUACACCUCUCCAGAGCUUGUAAACAAGCUCCUGCAGCAAAAAACCGAUGUGUAUGGCACGGUUCGGCCAACAAGAAAGGACGUGCCCCCCUUCAAAGACCUCAAACUCAAGAGAGGAGAAGUCGGGGCGUUUCAGCGAGGAAAGUGCAUGGCCCUGCAGUGGCGCAACAAAAAGCUUGUUACCUUGCUGAGCACAGUUCAUGAUGCCACAGUCGUCGAAGGCGUCAACGCCCGGAACGAGAAAGUCGUGAAGCCUGCUGCAGUUUACGACUACAACAACACCAUGGGAGGAGUCGACAAGAGCGACCAGAACCUCUCGUACUACCCGGCUGUGAGAGAUGGGCAGAAGGUCUAUUACAAGAAGAUCUUCAGGCACCUUUUCGACAUGUGUGUCUACGACUCUUUUGUUCUCUACAAGAAACAAGGAGGCGCACUCAGUCAACUGGACUACCGACUGGACCUCGUAGAGAAGGUCAUUGCAGCAAAUCACGAUGAAAGCCAGCGGAAGAAAGUUGGAAGAAAGUCCGACAAUGAAGCCACGCGGCUUACAGCUCGCCAUUUUGUAAGCUUCAUUCCUCCAACAGAGAACAAGCAGCUCCCGACUCGGCGCUGUGUCGUCUGCUGCAAGGCCUCGUCCACUGGAGGGACCAAGAUCCGGAAGGAAACAAGAUAUUGGUGCAAAGACUGCAACGUGGCGGUCUGCGUAAUCCCAUGCUUCGAAAUCUACCAUACGAGGACCAACCUCUAG